AGCCGCACACAGUCCUGAUGUGCAGCCCAUCCCAGGAGGAGAUGGGGCAGGAGGCUGAGAGGCUGAGCCAGUGGCAGGAGGCUCAGCACCAGCUCGUGCAGGAUACCGAGACGUCCAUGUCCAUCUUGGACAUGUGUCCAUCUCCUGGAAGUGGAGUGCAUACCUCUUCGAAUGAUGACCCGUCAGGCAUGCAACACUUCCCUCAGUGCACACAGCUGGAGAGGAUCCCCUUGGCCUUGGCUGAGGCACCCAGACAGAAUGCAAGUGAUCUGGGGCCACAGUUCAAUAUGUCGCUGCCAGAGGAUGGCGUGAGCUACAGCUCCCAAGUGAUUCAUGCUCCUUCCCAGAUGACUUACUGUGAUGGGAUGUCUCCUUCCCAGCCAGGAAUGAUGGUUUUCAAGGGACCCCAGAUGAUGGCCUUAGGAGAACCCAGUAUUCCAGGGGUGGCCAUGACAUUUUGUAGGACUCUAAAGAUGCCCUCCAGUGGGCCGCCAGUCUCAGCUCCCAAUAGAAUCUCAAUGAUGCCCCACAUCAGUGCACCCACAAUGCCUUAUUCUGCCCCCCAAGCGGUACCUCCUGAUAGAGACUCUUUAACACCUACAAUGUCAUUGGCCCCAACCACGUCUGAGGUCCAGGCAAUGCUCCCUUCUUUGGCUCAGAUGUUGCCCCCUAGAGAUCAUCAUAACUUUGGGAUGCAACCAGCUGGGUCCCCAUCAUUUCAGGCUUUAAAAUCCCAGGACCAUCUCAUGAGCCAGCCAGCCUCCCAGGAAGACUCCUUGCUACCCAAGCAGCCUAUACAAGCUCCACAGAGAGUGGAACGGAACUCCAAGGCCCAGGAAAGGGCCCCCAGGAGAUCCCCAGUUUCAAGGCCUUACUCCUGCCAAUAUGAGAACUGUGGAAAAGCUUAUACUAAGCGCUCCCACCUUGUGAGUCACCAACGCAAACACACAGGUGAGAGGCCUUAUAAAUGCGUGUGGGAAGGCUGCACAUGGUCUUUCUUCCGUUCCGAUGAGCUUGGACGACAUAUGCGGAUACACACCAGAUAUCGACCAUAUAGAUGUGAUCGGUGCGGCCGACAGUUCAUGAGAUCUGAUCAUCUCAGACAACACCAAAGGACUCAUCUGCGGAUGCCAGGAUCCCCAGACCCACAGGCCAACAAUGGGAAAAUGGCUGGUCCUCCUGCUCCUUCUUUAGGUCAAUCUCUUCUCUUUAGUUUGGCUUCUCCUCCCAGAUCCUGCCUGCCUCUGACCAGCUAGUCUCUGGUGAAUGAAGAGGAAAGAAUUCCAGACAGAAUGUGCUGGACCAACCCAACUGCUUAGAGGAGAGUCAACCUGCAAGCAAGCUUCCAUUCAUUUGACCAAUGUUCUUUGAGCCCACUACAAAGAGCAUCACGGCUAUGGGGACUGGUGUGAGCGGCACAGAGACAAUGGAAGAGCGUGUCAAGGAAGAAAGACUUCUCAAGGAGGUGCCUGAGUCAGACCUGAAGGGCUCAUGGGGGUUAGCUAGCCUCCCAUUUUCUGUGUGUUUACCCUUGGUCAUGGCCCUGUGUUGGACACUAAGGACUCAGAGCAUGACACUGCCUUGCUGUGGAGCAUAAAGACUACAGAUAAACA